CACCCUCAGGGAAUGUAGCCGCUCUCGGAGACAGAACUCGGCCGGCUGCAGAGCUCCCUGUGUGUGCCUUGCCUUGCCUUCCUUUAUCUGGGGUGAGCCGCUGGAAGUGAGGCGUGAACAGCGCGCCUCUCCCCUCGGGGGCUGGGGUGGGGGCAGGCAGAGGAAGAAGCCGGGCACCGGUCGCCCAUUGUCACAUUGCAUCAAUGUGCAGUGUGUGCAUGGGAGCGCAGCACCCAGCCGGCUGAGGAGUUCUCUCUCUCUCUCUCCGUCUCUCCACUGCUCCAGCACCCUUCCUCAGGCAAGCUUCCCCAGUAAGUUGCAAGCCACGCGAGCAUUUAUACCGGAUCCUUCCAGAUUCCCAGCCCAACUUUUUCCUCGUUGCUCCGCGACAGCAACAUGACGGAUUACAAAAGCUGCGGGGAUGGGAGCAGCAGAGCCAACCCUUCUGCGCUGAGGCUGGGGUAGUAGUGAACGAGGGAGGGGUGACCGUCUCCCGCCGAAAAGACCGCCAAGCUCGAGCCUGCAACUGUGCUGCCAUCAUCACAGGGAAAGCCCAUUAGACAGCACAUGAGAACGCACUCAAGGGAUACUCAAGCAAGUGGAGUAAGCUGCUUAUCCAGACCUUUGCUAAGAACUGAUGUCUUGAGGAUUUAUCUCUCUGAAACAUGUUACAGCAAUGGAAACUCCUGAAGGGUGAGGGCUAAACAGCAUUGUGGGGAUGGAGCCAAGAGCUGAGAAGACAGGAGAUGGAAGCCAAAUGCAGUAAGAGGUACGGAACAUGCCUCGCAGUCCAACUUCAAGUGAAGAUGAAAUGGCUCAGAGUUUUUCUGAUUAUUCAAUGGAAUCUGAAUCAGACAGCUCCAAAGAAGAAACUAUUUAUGAAACUAUCAGGGCUACAGCAGAGAAGCCCAGUAGCAGGAUGGAAGACACCCAGAGCAACACAUUAGUGAUCCGGAUUAUAAUACCUGAUUUACAGCAAACGAAAUGUAUAAAAUUCAAUCCUGAAGCUUCAGUGUGGGUAGCAAAACAACGAAUUCUCUGCACAUUGAAUCAAAGUUUGAAAGAUGUUCUCAACUAUGGCUUGUUCCAACCUGCAAACAAUGGGAGAGAUGGAAAGUUUUUGGAUGAAGAACGACUUCUUAUGGAAUAUCCACAACCUGUAAAUAAAGGUGUUCCAUCCUUAGAGUUUCGGUACAAGAAAAGGGUAUACAGACAACUUAAUCUUGAUGAAAAGCAGCUAGCUAAGCUCCAUACCAAGACUAAUUUGAGAAAAUUUAUGGACCAUAUUCACCACCUCUCUGUUGAAAAAAUAGCAAAGAUGCUGGACCGAGGACUUGAUCCUAACUAUCAUGACUUAGAAAGUGGAGAGACCCCAUUGACUUUGGCAGCUCAACUUGGUAAUACCGUUGAGGUGAUCAAAACUCUGAGAAAUGGAGGGGCUCAUUUAGAUUUCAGAGCCAAAGAUGGCAUGACAGCAUUGCACAAAGCAGCUAGAGCUAAGAACCAAGUAACCCUGAAGACUCUCUUAGAGCUUGGAGCAUCUCCAAACUACAAAGAUAGCUGUGGGCUCACACCAUUGUAUCACACUGCCGUAGUUGGAGGGGAUCCUUAUUGUUGUGAGUUGUUACUUCAUGAACAUGCUACUGUUGGUUGCAAGGAUGAAAAUGGAUGGCAAGAGAUUCACCAGGCUUGUCGAUAUGGGCAUGUCCAGCAUUUAGAACAUUUUCUGUUUUAUGGAGCAGAUAUGGGAGCACAAAAUGCAUCUGGAAACACUGCAUUACAUAUCUGUGCACUUUACAACCAGGACAGCUGUACAAGAGUUUUGUUGUUACGAGGGGCCAACAAAGAGUUAAAGAACUAUAACAGCCAAUCUCCCUUUCAGGUGGCAAUAAUUGCUGGCAAUUUUGAGCUUGCUGAAUACAUCAAGAAUCACAAGGAAACGGAUAUUGUGCCAUUUAAAGAGGCUCCUACCUACUCAAACAGAAGACGGAGGCCCCAGAGCACCUUGACAGCACCUCGUGUCUUGCUCCGGUCCAAUAGUGAUAACAAUCUGAACAUCAACGUUCCUGACUGGUCAGCCUCCUCUUUAGCUUCUUCACACCGUAGCCUUUCGCCUCACCUACUCCAACAGAUGCAGAAUAAUCCUAAUGGAACUGUGAAAACUGUUGGAAGCUAUACUUCAUCUUCUCGGAGCCGCUCACCAUCAUUAAAUAGAGUAGGAGAGGAUGCAAAGCGCCAGCAGCACCGGCACAUCAGUGCCAGUUAUAACCCCAGUGCCAACAAGGAUACUAUUUCUGCCUUGGAUUAUCAGGGUCCAAAACGUAAACUUUACAGUGCUGUACCUGGAAGACUAUUUAUUGUCGUGAAGCCAUAUCAACCUCAAGGAGAAGGGGAUAUUCAUUUGCACAAAGGGGACAGGGUAAAAGUUUUGAGCAUUGGCGAGGGUGGAUUCUGGGAAGGCAGCACCCGAGGACAUGUUGGAUGGUUUCCUGCAGAAUGUGUUGAGGAAGUGCAAUGCAAACCAAAUGGAAACAAGCCAGAAACUCGAGCUGAUAGAACAAAGAAAUUGUUUAGACACUACACCGUUGGGUCAUAUGAUAGUUUUGAUGCUUCAAGUGACUGCAUUAUAGAAGAAAAGGCAGUGAUCCUGCAGAAAAAAGACAAUGAAGGAUUUGGGUUUGUGCUCAGAGGAGCCAAAGCUGAUACACCUAUUGAAGAAUUCACCCCAACUCCAGCCUUUCCUGCUUUGCAGUACCUAGAAUCUGUGGAUGAAGGCGGGGUAGCAUGGCAAGCUGGGUUGAGAACUGGAGACUUCUUGAUUGAGGUUAAUAGUGAAAAUGUAGUGAAAGUUGGCCACAGGCAGGUGGUGAGCAUGAUUCGGCAAGGAGGCAAUCACUUAGUUCUUAAAGUUGUCACAGUAACCAGGAAUCUUGAUCCAGAUGAUACAGCCAGAAAGAAAGCCCCACCACCUCCAAAACGGGCUCCAACCACUGCACUGACCUUGCGGUCUAAGUCAAUGACCUCAGAACUUGAAGAGCUUGCUUCAGUACGGAAGAAGAAGGAUAUUUUCCCUUCACAUUUUGAAGGUUUGAAGAAGAGGAUUGUUUUUCGAGUCACACUAAAUAAAGUGGAUGAAAUAGUACCAGUUUCUAAGCCAUCAAGAAUUCCAGACAAUGCAGCCGUUGACUCACGAGUGGCAACAAUUAAACAGCGACCUUCUAGUAGAUGCUUUCCCUCAGCUACAGAUAUGAAUUCUAUGUAUGAAAGACAAGGAAUUGCUGUGAUGCCACCUACAGUACCUGGAAGUCCUCAAGGCCCAUUUCUGGGUAUACCACGAGGUACAGUGAGAAGACAAAAAUCAAUAGGGAUAACAGAGGAAGAACGGCAAUUUUUGGCUCCUCCCAUGCUAAAAUUUACCAGAAGUCUAUCCAUGCCAGACACCUCUGAAGAUAUCCCUCCUCCACCACAGUCCUUACCUCCAUCACCGCCACCUCCUUCUCCUUCUCUUUACAACUCUCCCAAAUCUCCAAUGCCUAGAAUAUAUGGAACAAUUAAGCCUGCAUUUAAUCAGAAUUCAAGUUCAAAGAUAGCUGUUUCAGGUAGAUCUGAAAAUAUGGGAACAGUGAUAAGGGACAAAGGGAUAUAUUACCGGAGAGAGCUGGACCGUUACUCUCUAGAUUCUGAGGACUUAUAUAGCAGAAAUGCCGCAACUCAGGCAAGCUUCAGAAACAAGAGAGGUCAUAUGCCAGAAAACCCAUACUCUGAAGUUGGAAAAAUAGCAAGCAAAGCAGUGUAUGUGCCAGCCAAACCAGCAAGAAGGAAGGGAAUGUUAGUGAAACAAUCUAAUGUUGAGGAUAGUCCAGAAAAAACCUGCUCUAUUCCAAUUCCAACUAUCAUUGUUAAAGAGCCAUCUACCAGCAGUAGUGGGAAAAGUAGCCAAGGGAGCAGCAUGGAGAUUGACUCACAGUCUUCAGAGCAACCAGGACAGCUCAGACCUGAGGAUAACUUGACUGUCAGUAGCCCAUUUGCAGCAGCCAUUGCUGGGGCAGUGAGGGACAGGGAGAAAAGAUUAGAAGCCAGGCGCAACUCUCCAGCCUUCCUUUCCACAGAUUUGGGAGAUGAGGAUGUUGGGCUAACACCUCCAACACCACGCAUGAGACAGUCUAAGUUUAGUGAUGAGGGAAUGUUUAGUAAUGAAGAUGGCUUUAGACAACUUGUAUCACCAUCUCCCAUCCCAGCAUCUAGAGAGUCUGAACAUGUUUUUAAUAGCAGUGAAUCAAGUAAUCAAAAUGAUGCAAGGACACCAAACCCCUCAGCUCAAACAAUGGGCUCAGAAAACAAUGCAUUGGCAACUCAGAAUGUUGGUAUGUCUAGUUUGGAUAAUUAUGUUCAUCCACUCACAGGGAAAUUACUCGAUCCAAAUUCACCUUUAGCCCUUGCCCUUUCUGCCAGAGAUAGAGCCAUGAAAGAGCAAACCCAACAAAUUCCAGGGAAAGGAGACUCUGGCAAAGCAGACCUUAAUAAACCCCUUUAUAUAGAUACAAAGAUGAGGUCCAAUAUUGAAACUACAUUUCCCGUAACAGCUACAGUUACUAGGCAAAAUAUGCGUGGUCCACUGAGAAGACAGGAAACGGAAAACAAAUAUGAGACAGAUAUGGUGAAAGAAAGGAGGCCUGAAGAAAAGAAGAACAUGCUAAUAAAUAUUGUGGAUACCUCACAACAGAAGUCAGCUGGCUUGCUCAUGGUUCAUACAGUAGACACAGCACAGUCCACUGAUACCCCUGAAAAUGAAGAGGAAAGAGUUGAGACGGAUGUGAAUACUGAAAAACCUCCACCAGAGACGCAGGGGGACACAGAAACAGCAGAAAGUGUACUAGAUGACACUGACAUGCCCGAGCCACCUGCCUCUCCCUGCAAAACUAUUGUGGCAGUUGGCUCUGUUGAUGAUCCUAUCAUUUUGCCAUUCCGUAUUCCUCCACCCCCUUUUGCUUCUGUUGAUCUCGAUGAAGAUUUCAUCUUUACUGAGCCAUUACCACCGCCUUUAGAAUUUGCUAACAGUUUUGAUAUCCCUGAUGACCGUUCAGUUCCAGGUUCUGCGCUAACAGACUUGCUCAAACAGAGAAAAAAUGGAACUCCAUCUGUUUCAUUUAACCCUGUUCAGUCUUCAGACUCAAUAGACAGUAAGAAACCUGUGAGUCUUUCAAACUGUUUGCCUGCCUCAUUUUUACCACCCCCUGAAAAUUUUGAUAAUGUCACCGACUCUGGGAUUGAAGAGGUGGACAGUCGAAGCAGUAGUGACCAUCACCUAGAGACAACCAGCACUAUCUCAACUGUGUCCAGCAUCUCUACCUUGUCCUCUGAAGGGGGUGAGAACUUGGAUACUUGUACAGUCUAUGCAGAUGGGCAAACAUUUCUGGUGGACAAACCCCCAGUACCUCCUAAGCCAAAAAUGAAGCCCAUAAUCAACAAAAGCAAUGCACUUUACAAGGAUGCGCUAAUUGAAGAAACUAUAGAUAGUUUUGUUAUUCCUCCACCUGCUCCACCCCCACCUCCUAUCAGCGCACAGCCCAGUAUGGCUAAAGUUGUACAGCAAAGGACCUCUAAGCUAUGGGGUGAUGUGACAGAGGUUAAAAGCCCGAUUCUCUCAGGCCCAAAGGCUAAUGUUAUUAGUGAAUUGAACUCAAUACUACAGCAAAUGAACCGAGAGAAAUCCUCAAAGCCAGGGGAAGGAUUGGAGUCACCCACGGGAACAAAAACUGCAAAUCUUGGCACAAGGAGCACAGAAGUCAUGAGCACUGUCUCAGGUACUCGAAGUUCAACCAUCACUUUUACUGUCCGGCCUGGGACUAGCCAGCCAAUCACACUGCAGAGCAGAUCCCCAGACUAUGAUAGUAGGACAUCAGGAGCAAGGCAUGCUCCAAGCCCGGUGGUUUCACCAACAGAGAUAAGUAAAGACAUCAUGCCAGCUCCUCUGACUGCUGCUGCUCCAGUUGCAUCUCCUUCUCCAACUCUUUCUGAUGUUUUUAGCCUACCCAGCCAGCCUCCUUCUGGGGAGCUCUUUGCUUUGAACACAGGGCGCAGCAGGUCUCCUUCUCCCUCAAUAUUGCAACAGCCAAUCUCAAAUAAGCCUUUUACAACUAAGCCUGUCCACCUGUGGACUAAACCAGAUGUGGCAGAUUGGUUGGAAAGUUUAAACUUAGGUGAACAUAAAGAGACCUUUAUGGAUAAUGAAAUAGAUGGCACUCAUUUACCAAACCUUCAGAAGGAAGACUUGAUAGACCUUGGAGUGACUAGAGUUGGUCACCGAAUGAACAUAGAAAGAGCCUUGAAACAGCUAUUGGACAGAUAAGAAUGGCUACUCUUGCCUCACAAACCUUUGUUUAUAAAUAGAGAUUGGCUGGUACUGAAACACCCCACAUGCCUUGGCUCCCCAAGAGUACCGCCAAAUUAAAGCAUCAAUUAGUCCCUGUCAUUUCUGGUACUCAGCAGUGUAGACUGCAAGUUGAGUGCACAGAAGCAACCCUAACUAAAUUGAAUGAAUGGGAACAUAUAUUUUAGAAUGAAGUGGGGGAGAGUGUAAGCUUUAGUCUUACUGAAAUUGUUUAUCAAAUUCCCAUUUGUUACAUUGUGUCUCGGGGUGGGGGCAAGAUUAAUCUCUUAAUAUCCAUAAACUGGUUUUUUGCCCUUUAGAAAUGCUCUCAUGCUGGAAUAAUAAUGUGCCAGUUUCUCUUUGGUGUGUUUUUUUUAAAAUAAGUAUUUCUUCUCUCAAUAGAGAGUAUUAUGCCCAGAUCCUUUUGUAAUCUCUGCUUCUUCCACUACCACUCUACAGCCUCACCACACUCAGUACUACUGCUCCUGUAAGUUAAGUUCUCAGCAGGUUUUCCCAUUAUGAUUUCCUGCUAUGCUAAUUAGUGUUCCACAUGCAUGUCCACAUUUUUCAUGUCACAUAUACUACUUUUAAUUAAACAUGUACACAUUCACAGGGUUCUCAAAGCAGCAAAAAUUCCUUUGUAACCCAUUUUUAAUCUGAUGGUUAUAUUUCUUGUUUGUCAAUAAUGAAGCUAGUUUUUGUUAUAUAGUGUAACUGUGUUCUGUCAGAUUUACCUUUCCCCCACUUUUGUUUAGUGCCUUUCCAAGUUGCCAGACAGCUUUCAUACAUGUUUUCCUGUCAUACAUGAUAUGGUAGAACAAGCUGAAGCUAUGUAAGAGGCCUAUCCCAGCUGUAUAAAACAGGGAAUUGGGAGAAAUAUGUUUGCAAGAAUUCUGUCAAUUGGAGAUACCUCUUUUACAGUUAGAUGGUAAUGGAUGUCAUAUAGUUCCAUCCAAAACUUUUUAGCUCUGUUUGGACAUUAUGCCUGAAUGCAUUGCGCUGGGGAUAGAGGGACAGGAGCAUGCUGACUAGCUACUUGCUCUGCUCCAAGGUGCUCACUAACUGUAUCCCCCCAGGCCUCUUCAUAUUCAAACCCUUGUCUGUAGAAGAAGCACUGAUCUUGAAGAGGUUCCUCCACGUGAUAUGGAACUCUGAAACCCCCGCAUUUCACAUUGCAUGGAGGAGCCCUCCUCAUGUUGAGCAGUGUCCUCUGAAAACAGCUGCUGAAUAGAUGCUCAGGGACCAUGACCAAUGGGCACAUCAGCAGGUGGGCAUAGUUAGCAGAUGUGUUCCUGUUUCCUGUAACACAUGCUUUUGUAUUGAGUUUAGAUGACAAAUCGUUUUUUUAAUUGUAAGAUUUUCAAAUCAGUGAACCCCUAUCAAAUGUAUUUUCAUCCAGUUUUCUCUCUUUAAUUCUUCCUAAAAUCAGGCUGCUUGAGCUGCAAAGCAGAAAGCCGCCUUUACAGCUUCCAGGCUUUGAAAUGGUGGACUCUUUUGCUAUAGCCUCUAUCCAUACAUUUUGUACAGGAGUGGAUACCCACUACUAUGCUGGAGGAUCAUUUGUCCCCAUUCUUCCCCCACCAAACCUAAAAUCAGUACUAUCAGAUAACCUGUUGAAGGCAGGGAGGGGUACCAAGAUUCAGCAUCCCCAUUAAAAAGUUGAUCAGUUGAGGUUUUAUCUUCACGGAACAUUUAAAUCAUGAUCUGGAAGAACAAUCCAUUCACAAAAAUGUAUUUUCAUCCAUAGUUUGCUCUUGCUGAAUUAGAGUCAUUGUCUGUGAGGGACUCAGUUAGGAUUAUGAUCCAAAUUGUCAUUAAAAGAACAAUAAAUAUUACUUGUACUAUUUAGGUAUUCAGGUUUUAAAACUGCAAAAUCUUUCACAAUUUAUUGCACAAUUAACUGUAUGCAGGGAGCUUGUCGAUGAAGACGUGGUCUGAUUAUCCUUGUGUACAUAAGAAAACUAGCUGUUCCAUAUAGUAAAAGCCUGUUUUCACAUUCAAACAUAGCUGUACGUCUUGGCCUUGGUCUCUUAAAAUACUAGAAAGAGGAAUGUUUAAAUGUGAUUGCCUGCAGUUUCAAAUAUGUAUAAAAUUAAAAUAUAAAUGAGAGUCUAGUGUGUGUUCUGAAAAUGGCAGGUACCAUCACUAAUGAAAGGGAUAAUGACCAAAAAUGGAAGUUGGAAGCUUCAGUUUAACUUAACAUUUAUUGAUUGUUAAAAUAAUUUAAAAAUUCUGUAGUUGGAUAUUUUUGUUCAUUGCCACCUGAACUAAAACAGCACUUCAAGAGAUUCAUUCUCAAGACCUGUGCAAGGAAAAGGAUGCAUCAGGUUAAUGUGUAGAACAUAGUUUAGGUUUAUAGACAGUGGGUAACUCUCAUGAAGAUUAACAAUAUUAUCCAGCUUACCCUCUCUCCCACCAUAAUGAAUGUACACUAGGAGUUUGUAGUUCCUAGUUUCCUGAAUAAUUAAGUCCAGACUAGAGGGUUAACUUGUAUGAUUGCUCAAACCCUCAAACUAUUGAAUAUUCAAGAGGCCUCCUGUUUUUGGAAGGCAUCUAAAUUCUUUCCUUAAUAUGUUCCAGCCUAUCUCUAAUUAUAAUUUUAUUUUCUCACAACCAAGUGUCUAAUUAGGUCUGCAACAGCCCUAGAACUAGUACAUAAAGUUUAGCAAUUUCAAUAUCUUUCUUUACUGCAAGUUUAAAUAGUUGUACAGAUAGUUUAUAAGCACAAUAUUUUAAGAAUAUAAGUGGCUGGUCUACUGGGCAGCCUUUGUGCCACUUCAAUGCUAGAAAUUUAAAAAAAAAACUUUUGUGGUUUACUACUAUUUCUGUGGAAUAAUUAUUAAGUCUUGACCUUUUUAAAUCAACCUCAUUUGGAUGCAUCUGAACCAGCAGAGCUGUGUUAUAUUUUCUAUCUUUGCUAGAACUUAUUCAGAAGAUUAGUAUUUCUUCAAACAUGGUUACAAUUAACAAUGCAGUGGUUAAUUAUGAAAAACUAAUAUUCAUGUCUCUCUUCUCUCCCCCUCCCUCCCCGGCCUUUCUGCAAGAACUGGUCUUUUGACUUGACAUCUGUUGUUGUACCCUUUGCAGGUUUCUAUUUGCAUUUGAAAGUUCCAAGUAACCUUGUAAUUAAAAUCUAGUUUAAAUGCAAAAGUACAGAAAUUUCCAUAAUUACAUGGAUUUUUAUGUAGAGGACGACAUUCAAAUAUUCAGUGGCUACAGAAGCCAUCAAUCAAAUAUUUUGUGUAAAAAAAAAAAAAAGAUAAUUCAGCCAUCAUUGUCUUCCAUUUGGUGAUAUUGCAGAAUUCAGUAAAUAAACCACGAACGCCAUGCUCCUUUUUGUUUCUUUGAAUGCAGUUUGUGUUACCUCUAUAAUAUGUGCCAGGAAAUACAUUAAGAAAAAUGGUAUGAAAAUAAAAUAAUGGAGAAUUACUUUUAAGCUGCUGUUAAUCAUAACCUUUUACUGUUUAAUAAAUGAUGAAAAUGUACAAAGAAGUUACAGGUGAUGGUAAUCCCUUUCUUAAAAGGGUUAUCUCUUGCAUAUGUAUCUUUUUCAGGCACUUAAAUAGUAGGUACAAUAUAAUUAGUAGAACAGAGAUUUAAACAUCAAAGAGCUAAUGAAAUAGUUUAUUUUUACAUUGUGUCUUAUGAUCUGAAGAAUAAUGGGCCUGCAAGGAACUGCUUUUAUCAAUAAAAUACACUUUUGCCAAGAUGAAGUAGUCUUUAGCACUGGUUUGAUGGUUUUAUCACAGAAAGCAAUAGUUACAGAUACAGAGUUGCCUCCCUGCAUUUUUAUCCCAUUUUGAAAAUGUUGGGGGCAGGAAUGGCCCUUUCAAUCCCUUGCUACUAUGAUGGUGCAAAAUAAGGUGUUAGAGAUAAUCUUGUUAUGAUAUUCCAGGUUUUAGGAACUUUUGUUUAUAUAUUGUAAUUUAAAUACACUGCAUUUACAUGCCUAGUUUCUGUAAUAUUGUGUAUACAAUACCAAAAUCACACAGGAUGUAAAUUGUGUAUAACUUCACAGACUCCUUUCCUUGGGUGUCUGGGAACAUUUAAGUUUUAAUUCAUAUAUUAUAAAAUGACUAUAUGUGACUGUUGAUUUACAGAAUUUACAUAUCACAAAAGCUAACUAUUUGUGGUACUUAAGUUAAUAAGAGUGAUUUUCUGAGUUCCUCUACAAACAAGCAUUACCCAGUUGAUCUGGCAAUGACUCUAUGUAUGAGCCUCUAAUACUGAUAAUUUUCCCAUUACAUUUUUAUUUUAUUUUCUAGAUAGUAAUAUUUCUCAUUAUGGUUUGUGUAACAACUUGUGUUCAUGUUAUCUAUGUUGCUGUAAUUUUUGUGCUUCAAUUCCUCUUAUUUCAAAUCAAUUUGAAAAAAAAAACAACCAAGCUCCUGUAACUUGCACUUUCCCUAAUCCUUACUACUCUUGUAUGGCAACCAAAAUUACUGUAAGAAAUAAAUAUAAUAUUGCACUAAGGUUGUGGUUCUGAUUGAAAACAGUAAAAUCAGUCUGAAUUGUUUGUUUUUGAACAGAGUUGCCAAACUUACCAUUUAAUAUUAAUGAAGUAGUUUUAAAUGUUUUAACUGAACUUGCUUAGAAAAAUAUUUUACCUCAUAUUAGGUAAUAUCUGACUACUGGAUUCAGAGUUAAACCAUAUUGAAAUUUAGGCCGCAGUUUGAAUUUUAUAUUCAUAUUUCAAAUGAGAAAUAGGAGAGGUAUUGUAAAAACAUGAGAUAAAACAUUUACUUCAUUUGGGUGAAUUGAUUUCUUACUUUGAGGGCUAUUUUGUUAAGCCUUUAAAAAAAAAAAGGCAUGAGAGUUUCCCUGUUCUGAGCUUCCCAAAGGAGUACAGUAUUAGUUUUCAUUCCAGACAUUAAAUUACUAUUCUGGUGAGCUGCUAAAAUGUAGCAGAAGAAUGCACAUUAGAGAAUGAACAAGGAGCCUGAGAUCCUUAUGUGCAUCAGUGGACUGCAUAUGUGGAUCUCUCCCAUCGCACUCUUGAAUUACCUCUGCUGUUACAGCUGGCAGCACUGAUCAUUUAUUGGCAAGAGAGAGAAGGUGUUUGCCCAGUUGGAGAAAGUUGCCCAAGCAGACCAUGUUUACCAUCUGCAGGAGCACAGUGCACUCGUAUGGAGCGGGCAAAGGGCUAUUCUCUCUGCUGCCGCCGCCGCCACCACCGUAAUCUAUUGUGCAAAUUGACCUAAAAAUCCAGGAUCAGGAGCCAGAAACCUGUUUCCAGAUGCAGAUCAUGCAUCAAUGUUAAGGCAAUGCCUUUAUCAGGGCUAUGCUUUUUAUUACUAGGAUUCUGUAACCAGAAGUCAUUAAUAGUUAUAGAAAGAUUCCAUUUUCCUUUCCAUGCAAAAAAAUGUGGAAUAUUUUCAAUGUUCUAUUGUGUCACCUGAUUCUUACUUUUCCCCACCCCCCUUUAAUGGUUCAUAUGCUGGAGGAUCUUGGAAGAGAAUGCCUUAACUGCGAUUUUCAAAUUUAUGUUCCAUAAUGGAGAUAUUUUGAUCUGUUUAGAGGCUUAUUUUCUUCCAUGCACAGUUUUGAGAUACAUUUUCAUUGUUUCUAAUGUUCAAGAGCUUCAACUAGCUUUGUUUUCUUAACUGUUGAAUUUUAUUCAGGUAUUUUAACAACCAAGUGACAUGGAUAUCUAUCUUUAGAUAUAGCUAUAGUUAAUCAUAUCUACACACAUUAAAAGGAUGAGUGGUUUUUAAAAAAUAGAUUCCCACUCUGCUAUGAAAUUGCUAGUGCUAGCUAGGAUUCGAAGCAGUAUCUUAGCUCAUUUCCUGAAUGCUUUAACAAAGAAACGUUUAAACUCAAUGUAUGGGUGGUUCAUCUUUGUUUCAAUGUUCCAGUCUAAUGGCAAAGCUCAAAGACUGCAUCAACAGAGAGAGUAUACAAGAACAGUACCAGCAUAGACCAGUAAGUGGUGUACUGAAAUGGCACAUCAGAGCACAGUAAAUACAAGAAGAACAAAGUGUCUGCCUUGGAUGCUUUGAACCUGACCUGUAUAAAAUCCUGUUGUAACAAAAUGAACUUUUGAAUCAAAAGGACCAUCUCAACAUCAAUGUCUUGCAGUGACAGUGCCUUGUUUUCUGAACCAAGAAGUCCAUCAGUGCACAGCUUAAAAAAAAAACCACUAAAUGUUGAAAAGAUCAAAGUAUUACUUUGCAGUCCUUUCUAAAUAUUGUGACUUGAUGAGUCACUGAGGUGAAAUAAAAGAAAUUAAAAUAGAAUUGUGUUUCUGUUGUUUCCCAAUAAAAUUUAUUUGUGCAACAUC